AUGGCGGAAAAUAACAAUAAAGAAGAAUGUAAAACUACUUCAAAUGAAAAAAUGUUAGAUGUUAAAAACAAAGAGAAAAAAGAUGAAACGAAUAAAGAAAAAGAAUCGACGAAAGUUGUAGAGCAAAUACAAAAACCUAAAGAACAAAAAAAUAAUUUGAAUAACAAAGAAAAAUUAAAAGAACCAGAAAAAAAAACAGAACAGAAAACUAAAAAAUCUGAUGUCACGAUCGAUGCAGGAAAACCGUCGGAUAAGAAACCUGAAAAACUUCCGUCGGAAACAGUACCUGCAAAACAAUUGGAUAAAAAACCUGAGAAACUUCCGUCGGAAACGGUACCUGAAAAACAAUCGGAUAAAAAACCUGAAAAACUCCCGUCGGAAACAGUACCUGAAAAACAAUCGGAUAAAAAACCUGAAAAACUCCCGUCGGAAACAGUACCUGAAAAACAACCGGAUAAAAAACAUGAGAAACUUCCGUCGGAAACAGUACCUAAAAAACUUCCGUUGGAAACAGUACCUGAAAAACAACCGGAUAAAAAACCUGAAAAACUUCCGUCGGAAACAGUACCUGAAAAACAACCGGAUAAAAAACCUGAAAAAAUUCCGUCAGAAACAGUACCUGCAAAACAAUCGGAUAAAAAACCUGAGAAACUUCCGUCGGAAACAGUAUCUGAAAAACAAUCGGAUAAAAAACCUGAGAAACUUCCGUCGGAAACAGUACUUGAAAAACUUCCGUUGGAAACAGUACCUGAAAAACAAUCGGAUAAAAAACCUGAGAAACUUCCGUCGGAAACAGUACCUGCAAAACAAUCGGAUAAAAAACCUUCGAGUGAGAAUUUGGAAAAUGCAAAAGACAAAAAAGUAAAAUCACCGAAAAUCGAAUCGGACGAUAAA